AUGAAUUCGCGACCCCACAAGCAAUCAAUGUCGGAGCUGAAGUUGAGGAGGUUGACGGAGCACAAUCAGAGACUGAAGGAGGAUUUGGCACGCCCGAGAAUACGAGUGAGUGAGGCCAGUGCAAGUCUUAUCCGAUACUGCAAAACGACGAAAGAUCCAUUGGUACCGUCAGUAUGGGGACCUGUUGCGAAGAACGAAGACCCUUACGCAUUGACAGGAGGGAAGAAAGGCGGUUGCUGUACCGUACAGUGA